UUUUUAAUUUACUCAGUUGGAAAUGACACCGGUGAAACCGGUAGUCGACAUGUCUAUUUUUCCGAAAUAAAAAUAUGAUACGUUUUAUUAAUUUUUAAUUGUUUAAUGAUUUGGGUCAGUACUCAGUACAAUAAUAUAUAGGCAAAGUGUUUCGCCAUCCUGCCCGUAUCAUGUUGGCUCCAUACAUAAAACAGUCGUGGGUGGCCCUGGGGGUGGACCUGAACGCGGUGAACGCGGGCACGGUGAUCGCGUUCCCGUACUGCCUGCUGCCCGCGCUGAGGGCGCCGGGGUCGCCCAUACCCAUCGACGUGGAGGCUGGCUCGUGGCUGGCGACAUCCGUGACGAUAUCCACGUCACUCGGCGUGCUGCUGUCAUCCUGGCUGAUGGUGGUGCUGGGGCGGCGCGCGGCGCACGUGCUGCUGCCCGCGCCGAGCCUGGCCGGCUGGCUGCUGCUGGCACGCGCCUCCUCCUACUCCGAGCUCAUGCUGGGUCGCGCGCUCUGCGGCGUGUCCCUCGGCUCCGUGCUCAUCCUCGGCUCCACCGUGCUCGGCGAGUACACCAGCCCGCGCCUCCGGGCCACCUUCCUGGCCAGCAAGUCUGCCGCUUACUUCUUCGGGACUAUAUUAAUCCACACUGCAAGUCAGUAUUUAGACUGGCGCUCCGUGGCGCUGGUGAGCCUGAUGCCCAACGCGCUGACGGUGCUCAACGCCUGCACGUGGCCCGAGAGCCCGAGCUGGCUCGUCACCCGGCGCCGGUUCAAGGAUGCUGAGACUAGCUUCUUCUGGCUCCGAGGCAGAAGUGACGAGUCUAUCAAGGAGUUUGACGAGUUUAUUCGAUCUCAAAAGCUAAGAAUGCAAAGCGAGCCGCCCAGCGCGACUGUUACAAAGUCUGUGUUGAUAUUUUUCAAGAAUUUCACCCGCGGAGACUUUUUGAAACCUAUAGCUUUGGCGCUCAUCGGCAUGGUUUUGGUAGAAGCUUCGGGCAGGCACACAUUUUCUGCGUUCGCAAAAGACAUUAUUGGGCAAAUCAGUGGUGAAUUCACGGUUCAGUCGUUCUACUUCACAAUCCUCAUCGACAUCAUCAACAUUGUGUGCAACUGUGCGACGUGCGUGCUCACUAAGAUCUUCAAAAGGCGCACUUUACUCUUCUUCAGCGGGAUCUCUUGCUUAGUCAUCCUUUCUACAAUCAGUUUGUACUUGCUGCUAGUAGCCCGUGAGGUGAUAUCGAAAGACAGAUCAUGGAUACCGUUGUCGCUGCUGGGACUGUACUUUUGCUUAACUAAUAUCGGAUGCUGUCCAAUACCUAUCGUCCUGUUUGGGGAACUGUUUCCUCUCGGUCACAGAGGGUCUGCUCUGGCGGUUGCGACGUUGGUGCACAACAUACCGAUAAUGUUGUAUAUGAAGACGACGCCGGUGAUGCUGGAGUACUGGCGGGUGCACGGGACUCUGCUGGCGAGCGCGGCGGUGACGGCCGUCACGCUGCUCUAUAUGUACUUCACGCUACCAGAAACUUACAACAAGACUUUGCAAGAAGUAGAAGAUUAUUUUGUUAAACGGCCAACGUUGGAAAAGGAUAAUGAAUGCGAUAGCACAACAACCCACAUGCUGCCGACAGUCGAGUCCGCGCGAGGAAGUUGCGUUAAAUAAACAACAAAAAAGAUGUGAUUAUUUAUUAGUAAUCAU